CCCAAAUUACUUAACCAAACCCUAAAUCGGCACGUUUAAUAAAAUCACCUCACGGCUCCUUCCCUUCGCGUCUCCGGUCGCCGGCGGCCAGCCUGAAAGAGCUAAAACAAGACCCCCAAAUUCCCGUCCCCCGCCCCCACAAAACCGAAAAAAAGGCAGUAGAUGUCGAAAACCCGCGCCCUCACUAAACGCUAGCUAGCUUUCCGAAUCGCCUUUCUCGAGUCUCAACUGCCCUCCUUUUUUCCUUCUUCCCCUCGACGGUGGCCCGAUGGAGAGGAGCAGCGAGCCCCGCCAGCCGUAUCCCGCCGGAGAAGAAGGCAGAGGCGCCGGCGGCAAGCUCAGGAAGCGUCCCGCGAGGAGAGCUGCUACGCCUUAUGCUCGGCCGCAGCAGAGCUUGGCACAGCGCACGCGGCCGUGGCUCUCGAAGCUCGCUAACCUAAUUUUGCCCAGCUACUUCUCUCAAUCGGGCAAUGCCCUCCCAGCUCCUCCUGCUGCUGAACGAGGAGUUGGAGAUGAAGAAGAAGAAGAAGAUGAUCACGGUGAGUCUGGCAAUCAGGUUGAAGAAAAUGUCGGAAGGGAUGAAAUCAGUUUGUCAUUCAAUCAUCUGGGUUCGGGAUCAACUGAACUCGGUGGCACUAAUGAAGUCACCAAUGAAUUAAAUUCUCAUCCAGAGAUUGAAAGAGUUGAAGAACAUCAUACAGUGAACACUUCUGAUCUUGAUGGGGUUUCUACAAUCGAGCAGUUACUGAUGAACAAAAAGUUUUCUAGGGAUGAAGUCAAUCGGUUGAUUGAGAUAAUUCACUCAAGGGCUGCUAAUUCUCCCAAUAAGGAGGAAGAGAAGCAGCAUUCUGGUAUGUUUGGGCGGGAUGCUGGACCUUCGGCUUUCCUUGAAGAUUCACAAAGGUGCAGAGAAGCUGAGAAGAAGCACAUGAGUUCAAUUACACAAGGUUUUUUCCAGCCUGCAGCUUGGGCUGAAACUUCAAGAAAGUCUACUGAAGUACAGCAUGAAGAUACGAACAGAACAACUUGGGGAGGCUCAACUCCUCUUAUCCAGUCGACUGUUGAAGAUGAAGUUGGUGCUUCACCAAUCCAAAUUGCCAAAGCGUACAUGCAAAAACGGACAUCAGGAUUAGGAUUAGAGGAUGCAGCUGUAAAAGAUGAAGGGCCUUCAUCUCGUGGAGAUGAGAUGGCACUACAACCAUUUACCCCUUCAUCUUCUAUUAGGCCGUCACCAUGCUGGCCAGGUGCCAGGGUGCGAGAUCAGAAUGAGUAUGCUGCACCCCUCAGCCAAAGCGGGAGAUUCGGGCUCCAAAGUUUUCCUAGGACCCCUUAUUCUAGAGCUAUUGCCUCAAAAUCAAAGUCCAAGCUGAUUCAAUUGCAAGGGAGCAGUAGAAGAUCCCUGAACAUGCUGUCAACUCCAUUUCAGCCGCCUCAAUCAUCCACUUAUGGGCAGUUCAGUUCAAGGGAGAGGAAGUUGGAUUUUGGUGAAGGAUCUGUAGGACCUAUCCGAAGAACAAGAAGGCAGGGUGCUGGUGUAGAGCUUUCAGCUAGAGGAUCUCCAUUUGUCAGGCCAUCUGUGGAUACUCCUAAAAUUGAAAACAUCGAUGUGCCAGAGGGGAUAUUUUCUGCUUGGAAGAAAGAAUCAGAAACGGGAAGAAAGCCUCAUUCCGAAGUCAGUACUCCUACCGUUCCUUCACAUUCUAGCCAGGUAGCUCGCAAGAUUUUGGAGCAUCUGGACAGAAACCCAGUUACUCCAAAGCAAAAGUCUGAUGAAUUAAGGCUCGCCACUUCAUGGAAGAAGCCUGAGUCUUCUUCUGACAUAACUGCUUUCACGCCACUCAAGCGUGAUAGCUUGCCUCAAUUUGGGAUUCUGGAUUCAUCAGGAAAUUCUAAUCAGGCUGAUAAUAAAAAGAAGUCUUUGCAUUGGAGUGAAGAUAGAGGGAAGUCCCUUUUCAAGGAUCCUCAGGAGACCACUAAUGAUGUGAAUGGAAAAUCUUCUGCCCCUGGCAUAACAAUUGGCAGUAAUGCUGUUGAUCCCGGGCCUUCACCAGUUCUAAAGAAAAAUGUGGAUUCAGAAAUCGUGAAAGCGAAUGAGGUUUCAAGUCUACAAAAGAAGCCUCCAGCGCAUUCUUCAGGGACUAGACCAGUUCUGUCCUCUAUCGCCAUUGGAAAGCGUGAACAGAAGUGGGCGUCUUCUGAUGGCAACGCGAGUUUUAGUUUCCAAGUUCCCGCAUCAUCAGCAGGCGUGUUCUCCGAGCCUCCGACUCCCUCCAUGCCAUCUUCCUCUGCAAACGGUCUGCAUCAGCCGGAAGCUGGUGAACAGUCAACCCCUACCUACAGCUUUGGCUCAAACAAGGGCACUAAUUCUGCCCUUGUUUUCUCUUUCCCUUCAACGAGCAGCAGCAGCAGCUCCCUACCAGAUGGGACGUCGAAUCUGAAAUUCAAGUUUGGAUCAGACAAGAGCAGUAGGGUUUCUUUCAGCUCCAUAGGGAAAGACUCUGUGUGCUACUGAGAAAUUCAAUUUGAUGUUCCUAGGACCCUUCUUUUUGUGUUCUUUCCAACUUCCUUUCUACCCCCCACAGUUACUCUUCCAGUUUUGUGAGAAGAAACUAGAAAGUGGUAUCUUGAUGCUUUAUGGCUCAUUCGUAUCCUGAUUUGGUGGGAGAAAGUCUUUCUGAAUGUCUCAUUUGUGUAACUCUGGUAGUAAUAAGAUGAAUGCAAAUUUGGCCAACUUGGGUAAGAGGCUGUCUUGGGUGGACGAAAUGAGUUGCUUGCUAGUUCCCUUUUUCUUGUAUUUAUCUCGAACAAUAUCCAUGAGAAAGAAAAUUCAGUUUCUGCAGGAAGCAAAAGCAUGUGAUUGAUUGAUGC